AAAACACUUCAGUUCAACACAGCACUGCCUCUCCGCUCUGCCUCCUCCAAGUCCAAUCCAUGGCUGCUCCGCCGCGGCGAAACCCCAACCACGGCGGCAAGAGGAAGGACGAGGAGCCGUGGCUCGCGGCGGGCAUCCGCCCGGCCAACUUCCUCCCGGGCCUGGCCAUCGGGUUCCUCCUCGGCCUCCUCCUCGACCUCUCCUCCUCCUGGAGGCCGAGGUUCAGCCUCCCGUCUGCCCCGGCGCCACGGGGCUCCAAGCGGGCGGCCGCCGGUUCCUCCGCCGCCCCGGCACCAGGCGAAGAGCUCAAGAUGGUUUUAGUAGUGCGUCAGGAUCUUAAGAUGGGGGCUGGGAAAAUAGCGUCUCAAUGUGCCCAUGCAGCAACUGGCUUGUACGCCGAUCUGUUGGCAAGCAACCGGGUUCUUUUGAGACAAUGGGAGCAGUUUGGACAAGCUAAGAUUGUUCUGACAUGCAAGAAUCAACAGGAAAUGAACAGGAUAAAGGAAACUGCAGAACACCGAGGUAUCCCAACUUUUAUUGUUGCAGAUGCAGGCCGCACACAGGUAGUGGCUGGGUCUAAGACAGUUCUUGCAGUAGGGCCAGGGAGGAAAGCAGACAUAGAUUCAGUUACUGGGAAAUUGCGCCUACUAUUCUCGCUUAGAGAUACCAACCUCGUUCUCCGAGAGUUCGAGAAAUGUGGUGUUAUAUUGAGACAUCACUCUGGCCCAAGAGAGGGUAAUUGGAUCCACAUAUUAUACCAGCACUCUUACGAUGCAAGGAAAGCCCUUCAAAAGAAUGGUAUCCAGCUAUGCAGUGGCGUCAUAAUUGGAGUAAAGCAUAUUGAUCCAGUGCACCGGCAGCAGCUGGAUGAUAGGCUCGCUGGAAUUAAUCAAGGAGGCUUCAUGGUCUCACUGCCUUCGAAAUCACUUGUCCUGAAGAGCAGCACAGGUGCAUCAAACCAGUUGGGAGCCUUGCCGCGCCCGUAUGAUCCGAAGUCUUCCACAAACGUUAUCAGAGACGCAGGGCGUCGUACAACAGGCAGCGUUGCCGCGCCAGCGAAAUCUAUUGUAACGAAUGUGAUGGACUUGAUAUUCGGCAUCUAGUUCGCCAGCCUGUGGACCAAUGAUAUACCUUAGACCUACCAUGUCAAAUCUGUUAUGUGAUGAGUGUUCGCACGGUGGUGGAUGUGGUUGUGAGCGAGUUUGUUUGUGUGCCAAAGGUUCGGCAGCGAACUCGAGAGAAUUCGGAGAAGUUGAUUUUUCUUUUCUUUUCUUUGGUGAUGUAACAGUUAUGAAUGUGCAGUUUUUCACGUUCAUGUUAUGAUCUGCUAAGAUGUGGGCAGCUGUUGUAACUUUGUGUGCUGGUGGGUACUAUCAUGACCUAUACGAAGGCUGAAACUGAGAUCUCAAUAUGUAUUUGAUUUGACAACAAUUAGCUUAACAGAAAACUGCAUUUUUCUUCUGA